CCGUGAAGGCCGUCCCGGUGAAAGAGCUGGUGAAUUUGGCUUAAGCCGCUUUCCAUCCAAAGCGAGCGUGGGAAGCCAACCGAGGGAUGCUUAAACCUGCAGUAUAGUUAAUUCACGCGAGAAAAGCGAGUAGGCGGCCUGUUUGGGAGCGAGGAAUGGUCUGGAUAGUUUCUCAAGCUGCCAGGUGGAAUACCUCUUUUCUAGUUUGGAGCCUCUUCCAAUGAGUGGACCAGACUUUGGUGCCUUGGGAGAGGAAGCUGAACUGGUUGAAGUUGAACCUGAAGCCAAGCAGGAAAUUCUUGAAAACAAAGAUGUGGUGGUUCAGCAUGUGCACUUUGAUGGACUUGGAAGGACCAAAGAUGACAUUAUCAUGUAUGAAAUCUGUGAUGUUUUCAAGGCUAAAAAUCUCAUUGAUGUAAUGAGAAAAUCCCAUGAAGCUCGUGAAAAGUUGCUUCGUCUAGGAAUCUUUAGACAGGUAGAGGUUCUGAUUGAUACCUGUCAAGGAGAUGAUGCCCUUCCAAAUGGUUUAGAUGUAACUUUUGAAGUAACAGAAUUGAGAAGACUUACUGGAAGCUAUAACACUAUGGUUGGCAACAAUGAAGGCAGUAUGGUACUUGGACUUAAGUUUCCAAAUCUCUUUGGGCGUGCUGAAAAGGUAACCUUCCAGUUCUCAUAUGGAACAAAGGAAACAUCAUAUGGCCUAUCAUUCUUCAAACCACAACCUGGAAAGUUUGAAAGAAAUUUUUCAGUUAACCUGUAUAAAGUAACUGGGCAGUUCCCGUGGAGCUCUCUUCGUGAAACUGACAGAGGAGUAUCAACAGAAUUUAAUUUUCCAGUCUGGAAGACCAACCACACACUGAAGUGGGAGGGUGUGUGGAGAGAGCUUGGCUGUCUUGCCAGAACAGCAUCCUUUUCUGUUCGAGAAGAAAGUGGACACUCUCUUAAAUCUUCUCUCUCUCAUGCCAUGGUAAUUGAUUCCCGGAACUCUUCUAUCUUGCCAAGACGAGGGGCUUUGCUGAAAAUUAAUCAGGAGUUGGCUGGCUAUACAGGUGGAGAUGUGAGCUUUCUAAAAGAGGAUUUUGAAUUUCAGUUGAAUAAGCAACUUCUGUGGGAUUCGGUUUUUUCAGUGUCUCUUUGGGGUGGAAUGCUGGUUCCUAUUGGAGACAAACCAUCUAGUAUAGCUGAUAGGUUUUACCUUGGUGGACCAACAAGUGUGCGUGGAUUCAGUAUGUACAGCAUUGGACCCCAGAGUGAAGGCGAUUACUUGGGAGGAGAAGCCUACUGGGCUGGAGGCUUGCAUCUAUACACCCCUCUCCCUUUCCGGCCAGGCCGGGGAGGGUUUGGAGACCUUUUCCGAACGCAUUUCUUCCUCAAUGCUGGAAACCUCUGCAAUCUUAACUAUGGUGAUGGUCCCAGAGCUCACCUACAGAAGUUGGCGGAGUAUAUUCGGUGGUCUUACGGUGCCGGAAUAGUGCUCCGUCUAGGAAACAUUGCUAGAUUAGAACUUAAUUAUUGUUUCCCCAUGGGAGUACAGUCUGGUGACAGGAUAUGUGAUGGUGUUCAGUUUGGAGCAGGAAUCAGAUUUCUAUAAUACAGAGAUGUUUUACAUCAGUAUAUGAAACUGAAGUUAUGAAAUCAAGAAUAUAAUGUAGUUCAAUGCAGUCUAAAUUUUUUCUUCAAAUAUAAAGAUACAUGUGAGUGAUUUACCUCAGACUUCACAGGAAACUGCAUUAAAGAACUAUGCUCCAAA